AUGGGUUUACGCAACUUGUUCCAUAAACCCUUACAUUUUGAAUAUGCUCUUCUGGCUCAUUCGUUGUGUAAACUUUUGAGGCUAUAUGCACUAUGUAGACAGUUGUGUUUAGUUAAGAAGGAAUUGGCAGGAGAAAAGAAAGUCGUUACUACUUUAGCGAAAAAGGAUGAUGAAAAUUACAAAAAAACUCUUGCUCUCCUCAAACCCUACCUAACAUCAGCAGCCUAUCAGAAAACAUUGGAAUACUCCAGAGAUAAAUUGAGACUUGAAAUGACCUUUGAAUUAGUUCAUCUGGCUCUUUCUGUACCGUUCUGUUUUAACAACACUCUUUUGAAAUUUUGGCAUUUAUCAGGUGAACUAUUGCGUCAUAAAUGUCAUUAUUCACAGGUUCUUGUUUACUUUGCCCUUAGAUUGGGUUUUUCAUUCUUGUUCCGUUUACCAUUCCGUUACUACACUGCCUACAGAUUGGAGAAAAAACAUGGAUUUAAAACCAAAAGCAGAUUUGUUUUUCUUAAACAAUAUUUACUAUGUUAUGCCUUCUAUGUUUUACUUCUUACUGGAUUGGCUUCUGGUCUCACCUGGCUUAACAAGUUCUCCAAGUCAAACUUCAGAGUCAAUGCUCUUGCAUUCUUGGUUUUUUUCAAAACUGCUCUGGUAUUCGUAGUUCCAUUGUUUUUGGCCUUUGAACACAAAUUGCUACCAUUGAGUGAUCCUGAGCUUAGGAGGGAAGUCGAUGCAAUGGGUAAAAAACUAGGAUUGACAUCAAAGAAUGUCCAUGUUGUGUCAGCAAAUACUGCACCUUCUCAUGGACUCGCUUUACAUUGGGGAUUUUGUAAGUUUAAGCAUGCUUAUCUCAAUGAAUCUUACGUUACCCUUGGAAAACCAUCAGCUAUGGCAUUACUUUCUCAUGUAUUUGGUCAUUUCAAACAUCACCAUUUCUUCAAAACAUUUGUAUUCGAUUUAUUAAAAGAUUCAUUGUUUCUAUUUUUGUUUGACCAUUUCAAGGGAGAUACUGCAUUAUUCAAGAGCUUCAAUACACAUUCUGUACCUGCCCUCACAAUGAAACUUGAUACGUUCGUUGCAUUUGUUUGCCCCUUGUACUUUUUGUGCAAUGCUCUGAAAUCUGUCUAUUUUCAUUACCUUGAAUUUGAGGCAGAUCGACAUGCUGUGAGAUUAGGUCACAGUGAUGAAUUGGUUAAUUUCUGGACUACUGUUUAUAGGGAAAAGAAGUGGUUCUUCAAUGUAGACCCACUAUAUGGCAAAUUAUUUAAUUUUAAUCCUCUAUUUGGUGCAAAACAUGGAGGUGCUCCAUCACUUUUUGAAAGGGUUUAUGCUGUUUAUGAUGCUACUGUAGCUUCAAAGCCUGUUUCUAAUUAA